ACGACGGAUGGUACUUUUCUGUUAAUCAGAUGCUCUUUAUUAAAAACUAGUUAAGCUGCAACAAUUGGGUCAGAUGUUUACCACGUCUUACGCACAGGUUUUGAACCCCGCAGCAGAAAUCACAUCACUUUUUGCACAACAAAGUGUACACAUCUAAUAUCCAAUUAUUUAGCUUCCGUUGUUUUUAUUCGUUUUAAUCCAUUGGUUGUUAGAUGUCCAUAAAUGCCGUACGGACGCUCUCGCGCUCGUGCAUUGUAGCUGCACGAACGGGAACGUUGCAUUUACGUUGAGAUGUGUCUUCGGUACCUCCCCUUAAAGCGCUCGUGGAGCUCAUUCGGAGUGCACGGUUGAUGGCAUGCGCAUGUGUAAUGAAAAAAAAGCACAACCAGCUAUUGUUAAACAACUACAAUACACACAAGCUCGGUUUGCUAAGGAACGAUUUCGUUUUCUGUGUGCAGGCCACACGGAACUGCAAUAGCGCACUAGAUUCGAGUAAAAAAAAAAAAAAGAUAAAAUAAAUCUUUCACCAGCUGUCCGGCGCUGUGGGCAUUGCAUAGAUAGUUAUUUGCUGUCUGUAACGAAGGGUGGUGCUCCGUGACAUGUUGGGGCUUCAGCUGACAGUUUCAGAGAGUAGGUGGUGCUACUGAAAGCCUCGAGGGAAAGGACUCCCUCUCCCUCUCUCCGACUCCGAGUCCAUUGGCGUCCCAACAUGGCGAAGCACGGCGGACUCCCCCUCAAGAGACUUAAAACACUUCGGUUGAUGCUGCAGAUCGCUUCGCCCUCUUUCCAAGCCCUUAAAACUCCGAGGCGUCUAUGAUGUUGGAAAAAUGGACAAGUUUUCUGCAACCAUUUCCGAUAUAGCAUGGAGCUCGGUGUCCUUGCCUUUGGAUUUGGUCGUCAGCAAAUUUAGACUGCCUACGCUGGUACGGUUGAGCCAAGGUAAGGAAAUUUCAGGGGACCAUGUGGAGGGUGUGACGGAGCAGGAUGUCAUCCUCCUGCACUCCUGCCGCCAGUGGACCACCGUCACUGCCCACAGCCUGGAAGAGGGCCACUACGUCAUCGGGCCCAAAAUCGACAUCCCUCUUCAGUACCCUGGGAAGUUUAAGCUGUUGGACCAGGACCGGGACAUGAGGGAACCUGUUCAGUACUUCGCCAGCGUGGAGGAAAUUGCCGGAAUCUUCCCUGACCGCGUGUUUGUGAUGGAGGCCAUCUCCUUCAGUGUGAAGGUGGUGUCUGGGGAGUUCAGCGAGGACAGCGAGGCGUACAACUUCACGCUGCAGGCGGGCGACGAGCUGACGCUGAUGGGCCAGGCCGAGAUCCUGUGCGCCAAGACGGUGCGCGAGAAGUCCCGCUUCAACACCAUCCUGCGGCGGCUGGGCCGGGGGGGCACCUUCAGCCGGCAGGUCAAGGGCAAGAUGCCCUGCCUGAUCUGCAUGAACCACCGCACCAACGAGAGCAUCAGCCUGCCCUUCCAGUGCCGCGGGCGCUUCAGCACGCGCAGCCCGCUGGAGCUGCAGAUGCAGGACGGCGAGCACACCAUCCGCAGCAUCAUCGAGAAGGUGCGCCUGCCCGUCAACGUCAGCGUGCCCAGCCGGCCCCCCCGCAACCCCUACGACCUGCACGUCAUCCGCGAGGGACACCGCUACAAGCUGGUCAGCAUCAUCUCCAAGACCGUGGUGCUCUGCUGCAUCCUGCGCAAGGAGGAAGUGGCGCCCUUCCACUUCCUGUUGCUGACGGACAUGCCCCGCUUCCUCCUGCCGGAGGGGCUGCUGCGGGGCGACCCCGGGUUCGAGAAGACUGCGCUGGAGUGCGCCCUCUUGUGCCAGGAGCACUUCAACGCGGACGACUACUCUCGGGCGGUGCGGGAGGUGAAGACGGACCUGGCGGAGGAGUGCGGCAGCCCCCGCAGGGUGCGGCUGUGCCUGCAGGGCCUGGGCUCGGGGCCCCUGGGCUACCCGCGGGACGAGCUGGCGCAGUCCUUCCAGCGGCUGUCGCUGUGCGUGUACAGCGGGACGCUGGCCCAUGCCAACGGGGAGCCCCCCUCGCUGCUCCCCCACGGCUGCAGGGACUCCCUGGGGGAGCAGCACAUUCUGCCCCACGAGCUGCUCACCCCCGCUGACGGGGGCGGGGUGGGGGGCGACCCCGAGCGAGAGUACAUGACCCCCGACUGGGCCGAGAUGGAGCACCGGGACCCCGCCCCCGAGCAGGCCGAGGUCCCGUACGAGGAGCUGUGGGCCAAUCAGACGCCGGGAAGCUACGGCGAGGAGCUGUGGGCCAAUCAGACGCCGGGAAGCUACGGCGAGGGCGGGGGCUUGGCCGGUGGGCUGGACUGUGGAGGAGGAGGGGGGGGGAAAGGAGAGCAGAGCCUCAUCUCCUUCACCUCCUCCGGCACCUCCUUGGAGGCCACGCUGGGCCCCGCCCACAUCGCCGUGGUGCAGAUGGAGGCAGGAAGAGUGCCGACUCCGCCCCCUGUCCCGCCCAAAUCAGAAGCUGUGAAGGAGGAGUGCCGGUUCCUCAAUGCUCCCCCUGUCCCUCCCAGAGGAACCAAAGGGGGCCCCGCCCCCAGCCCUCCUGUACCCCCCCGUUUCCCCAAGGUCCCGCCCCCAAAGCCUGGGCAGGGCCCCGCCUCCCACUGUCCCAGCCCGUCCCUGUCCUACUACUCAUCCGGACUGCAGGAUGUCUCUGGCACCCGCAGCGGAAGCUGCUCUCCGUCUCCGGACUCGUACUCCCUGUACUGUUACCCGUGCACCUGGGGGGACUGCAAGACGUCCGAAUCCGCCCGUCCCCUGACUGGCACCAACGGGACCCCUGGGGGGCAGCCCGCCCAGGCGUCCUGGUCCGACCCGUGGUCCUACGCCGACGGGUCGCCCAGCGUGGCCAGCGGGCGCUCCACGCCCCUCCUCAGCACAGACUCCGCCCACAAGAACUACUACAGCUGCCCCAGACUCAAGCCCCCCCCCUCCCAGAAGCGCUUUGCCCCUUUUGGGGCACUGAACCCCUUCGCCAACCCCGGCUACUCCAGGAGCCCGUCCUCGUCCCCCGCGGAGUGGCAGGACCCCCCCGAAUGCCGGAGGUCCCCCUCGCUGUGCUCCGAGGCCUUCGAACCCUUCGACCCCAGCAGUGGGCUGAGCCUGUCCCCAGACAGCCCCGCCCCCGGCUCGGGGGACUGCCCUCACGAACAGCCAGGGAUAGGGGAGGAGGGGGUCCCUGGGCCCCCCCCGGCCGCGCCCCCCCGGCCAGCCAAGCCAUCAGGCUUUGAGGCUGAAAACAUCCUGGUCCGCAGCCCCGCCCCCUUGUCCCCUACCCCCCUGUGCCCCGCCCCCCUGUCGCCUACCCCCCUGUGCCCCGCCCCCUUGUCCCCCACCCCUCUGUCCCCCACCCCCCUGUGCCCCGCCCCCCUGUCCCCUGCUGCCGUUCGGGGUGCGGAGGGGGGUGUGACCCGGGUUUACCUCACGCAGGGGGUCAUUGAGGCCCCUCCCACGGGCACGCCCACGCGGAGCAGCUCCGAGAGCUCGUCCGCCUCCUCGGGCGAGGCCCCGCCCCCCCAGCAGCCGCGGGCCAAUGGGGAGCGGCCGGCCUGGCACCCGCCGUCAGACCUGUCCACGCUGUCGGUGGAGGAGGUGUCGCGCUGCCUGCGCUUCAUCGGCCUGGCGGACGCCGUGCUGGCCUUCUUCGUGCGCGAGCGCAUCGACGGCAGCAUCUUCGUCCAGCUGACCGAGGAGAUUCUGUCCGACGACUUCCACCUCACCAAGCUGCAGGUGAAGAAGAUCAUGCAGUUCAUCAAAGGAUGGCGGCCCAAAAUCUGACCCCCCCAAGCCCCCCCAGGACUGCACUCCGGGGGUCUGGGGUUUCCCAGACGCUGGAAGAAGGGGAGGGCGGAACCAUGGUAACAGAGGUGAAACCGUGGUAACAGAGGAGAGUCCCAUGGAGUUUUUAAUGAGGGGAGAGGGGACUCUCAUCACCCUGUGAAUGGCCUUCUGAUCCACACUCACACACACACACACACGUGCAGACACACACACAGUCACACACGCGCACACACACUCAGAUCGGUCGCAGAUAUGUCACUGUACUGUUGUUUUAUUUUAGACACAGACCCUGUGUGGGCAGUCACCCAUGUGCAGAGGCAUCUGUAUGUUACACGUAUGUGCAUCAUGAAGGGUUUGGCACCGUGUGACAGAAGACCGACGGGUAGCCCUGUAAACGGCCUGUCCAGCGUGGGCAGUCGGAACUCUUCUACUGGGACCAGAACAUGCGUCUCAAACGCACCAGAAGAACAAAAAAAAGAGUGAAAAGUGAUACGUUGAAGAAUAUGGUACUGUAUGUUUAACCCAGGCCCGUGAUGUCAUACCUGUGUGCCUGGACUCUGUGGAUCAUUUUAAAUGUGCCUUGUGAAAGUUCCCCCUCCCCCCGUCCCCCAAACUACACCCAAAACAAAAUAAGCGAAAGACACAUGCUUGCACCGAGACAGAUUAGCUUUAGAAGUGAAUGAGGUCAACACUGUGGGGAAAAGCACAAAUCUCACUUUGAUUUUUAGCCAAUGUCUGCAGGUGUAACUCCAGUCCUGUAGGGGGCGCUGUGUCUGCAGGUGUAACUCCAGUCCUGUAGGGGGCGCUGUGUCUGCAGGUGUAACUCCAGUCCUGGAGGGCCGCAGUGUCUGUGUUACGGCUCAGUCCCGCUACAGAAGGGCUGAAUUCUGUUUAGUGUUUUUUGAAAGUUGCCUCCUUGAGUGUUUCUGACAGCUCCCCCCCACAUCCCCCAGCCCAACCCCCCGCUCCUCACUCCCGGUACGAACGCUCAAAACCUCUUCUGGGGCAAAAUCAUGAGACAUUUUCCUCUCUUAAACGUGCACGGUGGGCGUCCUUGUGCUUGUGUGGGUGGAAACGCUUUGUGUUGUGCCUUCAGCCCCCCCACCCCCCCGGCACAUGUAUCACAGUUCCUGGGAAGCUGCAGAAUACUCGUGCAUUCAUCGCCUCUCAAAAACAGCCACUUGUGAAGCGGAGAGCCUCUUCCACAUCGCAAUCCCAAACUUGGGUUUUAAAUUCUGUGCAUACCCAAUUUUGUUUAUAAAUCAAAAGAAAGAAAAAAAAUAGUAACUUGUUAGUGUAGAACUUUUAAAGGGAAACCAAGCUGUCUUUUCUACAUCAGUCAGACCAGGGCUGUAAUUAAGUACGUUGUGUUAAGACUGUAAUUUGAGUUUACUAAUCACCGCUGUCUGCACACGCACAGCGGCCCGUUUGUCAGACGCUGGGAAAUUACAGCGUAAUGCUGGGGUUUAACAUCUCUGCUCCCUGAAGUUUGCGUGUAUAUUUAUGGAUCUUUCCCUCCCCCAAACCCUGUCCCUUCUGUAGAACAUUAUUGUUAUUGAAUAAUAUUUAACAACAAUGGUAGCGUUAUUUCAAUUGUACUGAAAUUUUAUUUCUUGUAUGAUUUUAAUCCUUAUGGAUUAGUAAAAAAGGAAAAAAUAAAUAGUGCAAAAAAACACUGAAAAAGAA